AUGCUCGGAAUAGUUGACGUUUUGCCUAAUGAAUACGGUUACGUUAUUCUCACGAUUGUUGCUUACUGCUUGUUCAAUGGCUAUAUGCAGAUUCUAGUUUUGCGUGCCCGGAAGAAGUAUAAUGUGCCGUAUCCUAUAAUGUAUGCCACCGAAACUGAUGGCAAGGAUUACAAAAUCUUCAACUGUGUUCAGAGAGGGCAUCAAAAUUCGUUAGAAGCUCUGCCGAUUUUCUUUACACUGAUGAUUUUGGGAGGGCUAAAGCAUCCAGUAGCAUGUUCUGUAUUCGGAGUAGCAUAUAUAAUUAGCCGGUACUUCUACUUCACUGGAUAUGCCUCCGGUGAUCCGAAGGGACGCCUUCCUAUUGGGAAAUAUAAUAAUCUUGCAAUCCUGGGGCUUGUGAUUGUUAAUAUUUGGUUCGGGAUUAGUCUUCUCGUGACAUAUAAAGUGGCCGUAUCUUUUACACAUGUAUAAGUUGCUCUUUGAACUACACUUCUGUCUUUUCGUUCUCAUAUCUUGGUAAAUUGGAAUACCUAGAAUCAUAAUUCGUGCAUUGCAACGGAGAUUA